CACAGCUGCAGCCUCAACAAGCUUCAUCACGCAAAAGAAAACGGGGGGUGGGCACACAAGAAUGGCACGACUAAAAACCCCAAUCAACGAAGUCGCGAACCCUACCUUCAAAUCUACUCGACCCCCUUGAAAGAAGAACAAGAGAUCAAUUCUCACCAUUAAUCAACGAUUCGAAAUAACUCGAACGAGAAAAAAUUGGCCCAAAAUGCCCAUCCAAGUCACCCGUAUGACCGAAUCCGACAUCAACGGCGCAAUCGACACCAUCCAACAAGCCUUCGCAAACGACCCUUACAACCUCUGGAUCUACCCAGACCGCUCCAAGAUCUCCCUCGAGCGGAACCGCGUCUCCCUAACCCUCCGUUGCAAAUGGGGCAUCUCCCACGGCCUCUUCUACGUCGCCCGCGACACCUCCGCACCUUCCAAGAUCCUCGGCUGCGCGAUGUGGCUCCCGCCACACCCAGUCUCUGAACCCGAGUCCUGGGCCGAGUACCUGUCCGGGUGGUGGCUGUGGCUCAACCAGGUGCGCAUGAAUGCGUGGUAUGGGCGCGGCGGGCUAUCGACGACGCGGUAUUGGAUUUGGAAGGCACGGCAGGCGGAGGCGCAGAGGGAGUUGUGGGUUGAUCCCCAAGGGUACUAUUUCUGUAAUAUUGUUACCGUGUUGCCCGAGUGUCAGGGACAAGGGGUGGGGAGGGCGCUCAUGGAGGUGGUGCUGGAUAUGGCGGAUAGAGAGGGGCGGAGGGCGUAUCUGGAGAGUAGUCGGUGGGAGCCCAAUGGGGCCAUUUAUGAGAGGUUUGGGUUUAGGUUGGUUAAGGAGAUGGAGUGUAGGGAUGGGGAGGGGGAGAAGGAUGCUGUUACGCUUUAUUGUAUGAUGAGGGAGCCGAAGGGGCGGAAGUAGGGGUGAAUAAUGAGAUGGGUGGGGAGAGGGGAGGAGGAGGGGGAGGAGGAGAAGAGAAGCGGUAUGUGCGAGUUCACGAUGAAGAUGCCAUGCUGUGAUGUUUGAGUGUUAGACAUAUCCUACAAUACCUCUGAGAAGGUACAGAGCAAAGCGACAUCGAGAGGACUGUGGUCUCCCCUUGAAAAA